UCACCCAUAGUGGCGCAUGUAGCUCGGCCGCAGCUCGCUUCAUUCACGCGCGCCUUCCCGCCCACCCCCACGGACCUGGGGGCUUCCGGGAGCCCCCGCAUUCGGGGGAGCCCCGCAGAACCCCUCAUGCGGCAGCCGGGCCCCCGGGGGCCCGAGUCCCUCCGGCACCGGCCUCGCGCUGCCCGGGUUGGGGGGGCGCACUGCAAAUAGUCCUUUGUUUACAUGCAAUUCCUUACUCCGCGGAAGGAGGCUGGGGGAGUGCUGAGUUUUCACCAGCUGUUUCCCGCCUUGAAACAGACAUCUGAUCAGCUGCAAACACACACACACCACACACACACACAUACACGCGCUCGGGGAGGCAGGCCGGAGAGACCUCCCUCCCGCCCCUCCCGCCCGCCUCCCUCCCCUCGCCGCCGCCGCCGCCACCAGCAUCUGGGACCGGCCGAUUCCGCACCUCCGUCCGGCGCUGCCCUACGAUUCGGAUUUCCAUCUUGCAUCCUCCGGCUGCCUGCGGGACUCGGCUCGCGCGGAGGAGGGGGGCCGAUCGCUAUGGAGUAUUUCAUGGUGCCCGCUCAGAAGGUGCCCUCUUUGCAACAUUUCAGGAAAACAGAGAAAGAAGUGAUAGGAGGGCUCUGUAGCCUGGCCAACAUUCCACUGACUCCUGAGACGCAGCGGGACCAGGAGCGGCGCAUCCGGCGUGAGAUCGCCAACAGCAACGAGCGGCGGCGCAUGCAGAGCAUCAAUGCUGGCUUCCAGUCCCUCAAGACCCUCAUCCCUCACACUGAUGGAGAGAAACUCAGCAAGGCAGCCAUCCUCCAGCAGACAGCAGAGUACAUCUUCUCCCUGGAGCAGGAGAAGACCCGGCUGCUGCAGCAGAACACACAGCUCAAGCGCUUCAUCCAGGAGCUGAGCGGCUCAUCCCCCAAGCGGAGGCGGGCAGAGGACAAGGAUGAGGGCAUUGGCUCGCCAGACAUUUGGGAGGACGAGAAGGCAGAAGACCUGCGGCGGGAGAUGAUUGAGCUGCGGCAGCAACUGGACAAGGAGCGCUCGGUGCGCAUGAUGUUGGAGGAACAGGUGCGCUCGCUGGAGGCCCACAUGUACCCGGAAAAGCUCAAGGUGAUUGCGCAGCAGGUACAGCUGCAGCAGCAGCAGGAACAGGUACGGCUGCUGCACCAGGAAAAGCUGGAGCGGGAACAGCAGCACCUGCGGACCCAGCUCCUGCCCCCUCCGGCCCCCACGCACCACCCUACAGUGAUUGUGCCGGCCCCACCCCCUCCGCCCUCCCACCACAUCAACGUCGUCACCAUGGGCCCCUCCUCGGUCAUCAACUCUGUGUCCACAUCGCGGCAGAACCUGGACACUAUAGUGCAGGCGAUCCAGCACAUUGAGGGCACGCAGGACAAGCAGGAGCUGGAGGAGGAGCAGCGGCGAGCAGUCAUCGUGAAGCCGCUACGCAGCUGCCCGGAGGCGCACACCUCUGACACCGCCUCUGAUUCUGAGGCCUCGGACAGCGACGCCAUGGACCAGAGCCGGGAGGAGCCCUUGGGGGACAGCGAGCUUCCCUGACCACCCCCCAGCCCUCCUCUCCCUCCUAGGGGGUUGGAGGGGGCCGGGGCAGCACCAGGGAGAGAAAUGGGUGAAUGAGUGCGAAAUUUUUACAAAAUUACGAUAUUGUUUGGGUCUCUUUUGUGACCUCUUUUUCAAUACUGUAAAUCAGCUCUUAAACAGAUUCCCCCCAACCCGUGGUCCCAGGGCUGGGGUGGUAUAGAGCGUGUGGGAGCACCCUUGGGACCCCUGGGCUGGAGGAGGCUGACACCGAGGUACCCGGCCUCUCUGUCUGCCAAAGCUUUUUUUUUGUUCAUCGAAUCAUAUUUUUGAGAACAGGGAAAAUCAACUAAACCCUAAGGUGUUUCUGCCUUUCCUUCCCAGAGGCAGCCCCACGCCAGGCCGCCUUCGGUUCCCUCUCCUCUCCCCUUCCCUCUCCUCCUCUUUCUUUCUGGUUUUCUUUCUUCUCCUUUAAGCACUUACAUGGGUUGGGGGUCAGGCUGGGCUGGGGCUUUCUGGGGACCUGGGGUCCACAUCGCUUCUCGCCUGGGGUUUGCUGCUGCCCGCUCCCCUCCCCCUCCCAUCUCAGCACAGGAUCUGCCACUCUCCUCCAGCCCCUCCCCUCCCUCCAGGUUUCCCAUCUUUCCAUCCCCCGAGAUGUCUUGUCUCUGUUUUUGUUUGUUGUUGGUUUAUUAUUUUUUUGUUUCAGUUUUGAUUUUUUUUUUUUUUUUUUACGGUUUUUGAGGUCUUUGUGUUCCAGGAGAAGCUAUUAUAUUUUGUUAAGAAAGUGGGGAGUGGAAAAAAAAAAACCAAGAGGCCACUGUGCCUUUGUAAAGAAACAAAAUAAAGUUUGUACUUUGUUUUUUA